AUUAUUGUUAAGUACCAUCAAGAAAAGUUCCAAUCAGAGACUUCACUCUUUUUCCUUCGUUCUUUCAACUUUGGACGCUAAGUUCUCUCUUACACAUUGUCUCUUGGUGGAAUUUCAAAUCGUUAGGUUACUUGAUCCUCUUCCCUCAUUUGAGUAUUUUUUUUUUUUUACCUUUACUCUGUUAUACAAGUUAAUUAUGUUUGCUCAAAUCAGUUGCAUCAGUUGAUUUUUAUCCUCUAUUUGUAGGUUCUUUAUAAAAAAAAAUCCUGCUGAGUCAUUUAUUUCAUAAGCUUACUGAGGUUAUUUGAAAGAAAGGAUACAUUUCCCUUUUAUCUUAGAACUGGAUACUACCUUCUGGUUGUUUCUAAUUUGGAAAAUGUGGUAUUAGAAAAUAUUUGAUUUUUCUUUUCUUUUUUUUUUUUUUUUGGCGCGGGGUUUGGGAGAGGGGGUGCGGGGAGGUGGAGUUGGUUUAGGGUUGGGUUCUUACGUUCACUUUAACUGGAAGCAGAUAGGAAAUGAAAUAUCUGCUUUGCUACCAAUCCCUUUUGUGGGUUGUGAUUGUAGAUGCUGCUUUCACUUUGUUUUGCUUAUAAAACGUUAUAUGCGUUUAGUUUUUUCAGUAGCAUUUUAGAAAUGAAGUGGCUCCGGUUGUUAUGUCUGCUUUAUUAAGUGUACCAAAGGUGACAAUUAUGAGUUUUCCAUACUCAUUUCUAAUUUAUUUCAUGAUUUUUCUGAAGAGUUAAAUUGUCUUCUCCUCUGAAGCCGUAUUGUGUUUGUCUUACUUUUUUCCAUGAUGCUAGUGCAUUCUUGAAGAAAGAUUUCGCUUCUGAAGGUACAUUACGUUGAAGGGAGCUUAUGUUAUGUAUUGUUGACGUCAAUGAAACAGGGUUUAUCAUGCUUCACCUGGGAAUCAGGCAACAAGUACUCUUCCAUAUUGUAAUAUCUCCUCGGAAACAUUAUAUCCUAGAGAUGUUAUAAAAUUCUGGCAAGACUUAAGGAGUCAAGCAAGUGGGAUUGGUACUGCAGAGGCCUAUAGAAAUAGCUAAGACGGGGUCACUUUGUUGUGUGGCUGCAAGGCCACAUGGAUCAAAUAUGGCAGGUAGAGAUUGGUCUAUGGGUUCACAUGAGCCCUAUUGGAGACCUAAUUCAAGCUUCUCUCCACCACCAUCAAGAUGGGAUUUCAGAUUCCAGUCGGAAGGACUGCCAUAUGGAGAUGAUGGUGUCCAAUUCUAUGGUUCUACAUCAUUAAACAACAAGGAAAGUCAAAGCUGGGUGAGCGACAAUGUUCAUCAAUAUUCUACAUCUGGUGGUGCUGGGCCGUUCCCAAGUAAUCUUUCUGACCUUUCUCAGGGUCCACAGUGGACGCCUCCGACAACACAGGAAAUCAAUAUCAAUGAUUAUGAAACUGCUGCAACGCGAGCUAAAUGCGAGGAGAUCCAUGCUUGGGAACAAGUGAUCAACAAGUUUGAGUCUGGAUUGGCUGCUUCAAAAAGGGAUCCAAUUCUCAGGCAACCAUCCUUGGCACCAGUAAUGGAGGGAAUGUCAGCAAGUGCAGAUUAUGGGGUCUCCAAUUCAUCUCGUUCAGACAGUACUGGGUCUGAACCAAAUAUGAGGCCAUGCUUGUCCUCUCAUCAUAACUUUUCAAGUAAACGAUACUUCAUGUCUAAGCCUAUUCAUCCAUUGUCCUUUCCAAUGGAAACUCCCAGAGAAGCUUCAGAAGCUGCAGCUGCAAGAUUUUCGGACUUUGAUGUGACCACACCCCAAAGAGAUGCCCACAGUUGGAGCAGUACCAACAGUAGCCUUGAUUUUGCAGAUGUUACUGAGUCAUUUGAGUCGGAAAGUUUUGGUGGAAUAUUUAGUCCAUCUGAUGGUAUUAAGUGUGGAUUGUGUGAGAGGCUUCUCUCACAGAGGUCACCCUGGAGUUGUCGUCGGCUUUUGAGAGGUGGUGACAUGCCAGUUGUUGGUGUCCUUUCAUGCCAUCAUGUGUUUCAUGCAGAAUGUUUGGAACAAACAACACCGAAGACCUGGAAAAGUGACCCUCCUUGCCUGUUAUGUGCAAGAUCGGAGGAUGAAACUUCCCCAGAACAGCAAGGUUUUUCAUGGCCGAGGAACAAUUUUCCUAGGCUUAGACCAUUUUGUGAAGGUGGUCCAUCAAGACCUUGGGGUUGUGUUCAAGUGGGAGAUUGUGUUGAAGAUGCUUUGUAUGCACCUCCUCGUAAUACCAUGCUGUUACUGAACCGGAGUCGUACUAAGAAAAACAUUUCUUUGAAAGGGAAAGAGUUUCCUGGCAAGUCGAGGAAAACCGGCUCACCUGCCAUGCAGCUUUCAAGUGGAAAGUCUGUUGAUUGCAAUGUGGUUGGGGGCUCUCAAGACAACAGCAGGUCUUAGCAAUACCAUUACUUCCGUGAGUGAUGAAAAUGGUUCAAUUUGUCAUUUGAGGCUUCUUUCCUGGUUCGAGUUAGAUUACAUUAGCAGAGAGAUUUCUAGUAAAUGAGAUUGGAUUAUGAUGGCGUUCUGUAUAAAUGUGAUUUUGCACCAAUUUGUGGAUGGAAUCAAAGUUGAAUUACCCUUUUUAUAUUUUGCCUUUACAAUGAAAGAAUUGAAAUGUGAAACUGA